UAUUUUCAAAAUCAAUAUUAUUAAAUGGACAAAUAUCAGAAGUAACAAAUGGGUUAUUGGAAAAUGCUACAUUGAUGGUUGCUAAACCUAAGAAGCUUGUAAGCAAAGAUCGUUUGAUGAAAUUUAAAGAAGGUGUGAAUCUACAAAGGCUCGAUAGAAUUUCUUAUGAACCUACUUUAAAUUGGAAUCAAGAUACAGUUCUUAAUAAACGUAAAUAUUCCUCGUUCACAAUACACUACACAAUCGAUUCUCCGAUUCAUCGUACCACAAUAAAAAACACAUUUGAAAUUCCCGAAAGGGCAUCAUUAGAGGAGUUGCUUUCUCACAUAAAUAAACAACAAACUGCCACCUCUUCUUUUGAAGCUACAUCUAAGAAAUUUUACUAUGAAAAUACUUUUAACCAGAAAAUUAUGAUAGUUGAUGAGGAAGAUUGGAAACUUGCUAAAUGGGAAAGAAAAAGGUCUG